AUGACGGACGGUGAUACCAACCUUUAUCCCAACUUCAGUGCACGGUCGGAUGAGAGGGAUGAGAGGCUAUCCGACCUCAGUAAAUCCCUUGUCGGCCCAGGCCAUUUGUUUCAGUCCCAGUCGCAAUUCAAUCAACCAUGGCAUGGUCAGGCAGAUGCCGCCUACACAGCUGAUGGAAACAGUUCAGGAAUCUAUCAUGACAACGGCUCCCAAUUUCAUUCAGUUUUUACUUAUAAUGCUGCCCAACAAAAUACACCAGCACAUGAUGAGAAUCAAAGAAGCUCGGGUGAUGACCCUAGUGACUUAGAGCUUUUACAGGCAAAACGUGCAAAAGCAUUGGCUUCACUAUCUCAGAGACGAGCUUCAAGCCAUGGGGCUAAUUCUGGGAAUGCGGAUGUUGCACGUAGGAGCUCAGGCACUCUGGCUUCUCUCACUCAAGGCUCAGAAUCUGCCAUUGAUCAGCCACUACACGCAAAGGGAUCUGCGGCUGUUGGGAAUGCUAAGUCUUCAGACAAAGACACUCCAGCAGCCGCGGAAAGUCACUCUGGGAGGAUGGGUGCGGUCGAACAACAAAAGCCUCAUCCCAGUCAGAUUGCCUCAGCUGAAGACAUUGAUGGUUUGCUGGCCGAGGGCAGAGUGUCAGCAGUUAGUGUUUCCAAAUCAUCUGCUCCCGGCCAGCAAAGUGGGGAAGAUGCUAGAGCUACCAGACGGACUUCUAUUCCUUCAGAUGAAAACAGUGCUCCGGCGGCAGAUUAUAUUUCUCAAAGGCGUCAAACCGCCCAUAAAAUAAACCCCAUUUUGGGACCUGAAGGCCGGAAGGCCAGUCACUCUUCUGCCGCAAACGAGACAGCGGGAUUAAGUGUUGCGGAUAAUGUUGAUUGUGCUUCUCAUCUGGAAGUGAGACGGACGUCGGGACAAUCAGAUCAUAAAUCAUUUCCAGAGCGACGUGUAUAUGAACCACCAAAGCGAACUUGGGCGGACAGCAGUGUUAGCUCUUCUGUUUCCCGAAAGAAUGGCUCACCUCUAAAGGCUGGCUCCCCCCUGUCGAAACGGCCCACUCCUGGUGCCAUGCAAUCCAACUGGGAUGUUGAUAAUGAGUUCUCCAAGCUACAGCCAAAUGAAAUUGAAGAGAUCCGCGAAUGGCUUGAGCACACAGGUUAUUAUGAUGAAACUUAUCGCCGCGGAAGGUUACACCGUUUCAGGCGACUGGCUGCUUUGGAACGCGAGAAGGAGGAGCUCAUGAGAGAAGAGGUACAGGAACGUGAAGCUUUGACCAAAGGCAGCGAUCGAGCUUCGUAUUUGUUUUCUCACAAACUUUCAUUUGAUUCUUCCGGCUAUGAUCCUCAAGCAAAUUCUUCCAUGCCUCCCCCUCCUUUGAUCCCAAAGACCAACACUGCAUCUAGCAACAUGAAGUUUAGCGAUGCCACAAGAAACCUAAGCUUAGGAGUGUCUGAUGAUCAUACUCCCAGUCAUGUCUCCAAAAGACAGUACUCUGAUCUUGAAAAUGGAGCUCAGCAUGAAAGAGCAGAGAAAAUUGUGCGGACUCACUCUAACAGCAACUUCAAGGACGGGUUGCACAACGAAGAAGCCCAGAACUUUAUGAAUAAAGAACGCAUCAAUAUGAUCAAGGACCAUAAAUUCUCUGAUGGUGAUAGCUCCCUGUUUAGGGAAGAAGAUGAAAACCUCGCUAAUCAGGACUUAACUGCUGAUCAGGGGAAACAUAAUGGUACUUUCUUUCAAAACUCUCGAUCAAGUGAUGAGGAUCUGUUGGAUCCACACGGAAGCCGGGUCGACUCUGGCUUUUGGCGAGGCCGUGGUCGUGGUCGUGGUCGUGGCCGCGGUCGUGGCCUUGCACGCGGGUGGAUUCGUGGCCGCGGGCGCGGUCGCGGGGAAUUCAGUGCAGGUUUUGGUCAUGAUAUUUCUUCCUCUCGUGGAAUGAGAGGGUCUGAGGAGUUAGACCUGGCGGCAGGAGAUGUCACCUACUUCCUGAUCAAAUGCGUUGCAUAUGAAAUGGUGGAUGCGGCUAAAAAAGAAGGAACUUGGGCAACGCAAGUGAAGAACCUGGAGAAAUUUACCAAUGCUUUCGACAAUUCUCGUCAUGUUGUUCUUGUCUUCUCAGUGAAUCAGAGCGGGGCAUUCCAAGGUUAUGCACGGAUGGAUUCUCAUCCUGGAGCCGAAGGCGUUGAGAGGCCGAGUUGGUUCAAAAGCCUUGAUAUGCCUCUCGGCCCACCCUUCAGCAUCACUUGGUACAAUACCAUUGAAACAAGGUUCAAAUAUGUCGGACAUAUUAAAAACCCUUACAAUGACAACCACGACGUUACCUAUGCGAGAGACGGUCAAGAAUUAGAAGAAGAAUGCGGCCGUACUCUGUGUGGGAUCCUUGAUAAAUCACUAGACUUCGUCUCUACGUCAGACUAG